CCAUACCGAGAGAGCACCUCCGAGAGGAGAGCAAACUCAAUCGGUUGAUGUGGUGGGCGCACAGCGAUACGAGUAUCAGUCAGUGUGUGGCAGCAAGACGCUCCACAGUGUCGAUGUCUAUAAAUAAAAUAUAUUGCUCGUAAAGUGGCUAUAGUCUCCAAAAGCCAGACCGAAAGUUAUAAAACACGUGUCGCACGGAGACCCACACUAUAAAGUGCAUUCAACCACGUGCCGUGAAACACUUUCAAGCGAAAUAGAAUGCCAAAUCAAAAGGAGGGAAACGGCGCCUCUCCGGCUGCGAGCAACGGAAAUGCGGAGCCGAGCGACGGAGAUAACUCACUGGAUGCCAUUCUCGUGCGUAUUGGCCAGUUUGGACGCUAUCAAAUCAUCAACUAUGUGCUCUUGUGCGUUCCCAUGCUCUUCAACGCCUUCUUUUCGAUCUCAUAUGUGUUUACCGCGAGCACAGUGGUGCACAGGUGCAACAUCACCCAAUGCGAUAGCCCCGCCAGCGUCUACGAGGAGAGCUGGCUGAACUUUACUGUUCCCUACAAAAGCUCCGCCUGGGACGACUGCCAUCGCUAUGUGGCGAAUGUUACGCAGGAGGUUUACGCUCCCUUCACGGAUCCAUCGGGGGAGUACUGUGAUGCGAAGUACUUCAACGGAGAGACGGAGACUUGUGGCCAUGACUUCAAGUUCAGGGAUGAAGAGAAGACCAUUUCCACGGAGUUUGAUAUAUUUUGCAAAGAUGAAUGGAUGCUCUCGAUGGUGGGCACCAUCAACAAUGUUGGACAGUUUGUGGGCAUACCAAUAGGCGGUUUCUUUGCAGAUCGAUACGGACGCCGAACAAUGUUGGCCAUUGCUGGCGCACUGAGUGCAUUUAUGGGUGUUAUUCGCUCCCUGUCGACCAACUACUACAUGUUCCUGUCCUUCGAGUUCCUCGACAUGGCCGUGGGCAGCACCCUCUUUCCCACGGCCUUCCUUUUGGCCAUUGAAUUGGUUGGACCCAAGCGUCGCGUGGCUGCGGCCACAAUCAUCACAAUUUUCUACUCCCUGGGUGAGGCUCUCCUCGGCUUCCUGGCCUCGCAGGUCCAGCACUGGCGCUUGCUACUCCGUGUACUCUAUGCCCCUGCUGUGCUGCAGAUACUGUUCCUGUGGAUACUGCCCGAGAGCGUGCGCUGGCUGCUCAGCCAGGGGUCGGAGGAGCGAGCAGCUGCUGUGCUGAGACGUGCGGCGCGCAUCAACAAACGGCCCCUGCCGGAUGAGCAGCUGGACGAGCUGCUGGCCACCAAUCGCCAGAAGCUGAGUCAGGCCAACGAGAGCCAGUACCCCAUAAUGAAAGCUGUUCGAUUCUUCUCGCUCCGCAUUCUCAACUGCUGCCUCUGCUGGUUCACCCACACUCUGAUCGCCCUGGGACUCAGCCUCAACUCGGUCAACUUGGGUGGCAACAAGUACACGAACUUCAUGCUGAACGGCUUCAUCCAGAUCCCCGGCCUCCUUCUCCCAUUGAUCAUAAUGGAUCGAAUCGGCCGUCGGUACUCGCUUUGUGCCUCGAUGCUCCUCUGUGCGGUCUGCAUGGGCGCCUCCGCAGGCAUUGCACAAGAUAACUACGCUGGUGCUCUCACAUUGUUUCUUAUUGGAAAGCUAGCCAUCACCUGCAGCUUCCAGAUUUUGUACUUCUUUACCUCCGAGAUCUUCCCCACCAAUGUGCGCAACAGUCUGCUUUCCCUUUGCUCCAUGGUGGGUCGCAUUGGCUCCAUGCUGGCUCCCCAAACUCCGCUUCUGGCCAAGUAUUACGUGUACGCUCCGCAAAUUCUUUUUGCCAGCUUUGCUCUGAUGAGCGGAGUUCUUACCCUGGCAUUUCCGGAGACGGCAGACAAGGUGCUCCCCACCACCAUGGAGGAGGCGCGUGACCUUAAUCUAGCGAAACGCAGGGGCCCGGCUGUUGUGGGUGAUGAAGAAGAAGGUCCUCGGGCGCGUAAGAUUUGUUGAUCCACGUCCGUCCGGUGUUUGUUCCAUGGUGUCCGAGAAAGCGCCAAAGAUUUCGUAGCCUAGGUUUAGGAAAGCCAAUGAUGCAUUUGUUAAUAUGUUCGUUAUGUUUUAGUUAGGUUAUGUAGGUAAUUGUCAAUUUUAUUUCACAGCAACAGCAUUUUAAAAACAAAUAAAAAUUACAUUUCAUA